AUGUCGUGUGUUCUUGUGGUAGGCUGGAAGCUCAAGCUUGGGUCACCUAAGACCCCAGAGGAGGGACGGUCCAAGAAGCGAAGGGCGGCUAACAUCGGGCACUUCCAGCCGGACGUAGGGCCGGACCAGUUCAUGUGCAUCGUCUUCAAGCCCACCUUCAGCCGGCUCCGGAUCCCUCAAGAUUUCGUCAAGUGGUUCGAAGAAAUCCCUUCGAACAUCAUCCUGAAGACCAACACUGGCUGCAAGUGGUGGAUGACUACGACGAGAGAAGGCGAUGACGUAUACGUUGACCAGGGGUGGGCGUCCUUCGCCAUCGCCCAUCAGCUGCAAGUAGGCCAGUUCCUCAUCUUCAAGAGGGUGUCCUCCUUCGAGUACAGUAUGGUCAUCUUCAACCACACCUGCGGUGAGGUGAUGACCAGGUGCGGUUACCAUGGCGAUGCCACUAGGUGUGUCGUCUUCGAAAUUCAUGUCUGA